CUAUUUCAAAAAAGAAAAAAAGCGCCGCGUGCUGUGUUGAUAACUUUUUUUUUUGCGGGAGGACAAGCAUUUUUAAAGCAAAUAUCUAUAGAAAUUCUAUUCUGAAUUCUUGCCAAAAAUGUUUUCCAGGCAUAAGAAAGGCGAAAUGGAGAUCGAUAUAAUGUUAGACGAGCCGCUGACUAAUGAUUCGUGCACAAAAGUGGUGAUCGAACUCGUGAAAUAUAUUCUAUAUCAAAAGCAACAAAUACCAUUCGCGUAUGAAGCGUUAGCGAGAUUUCAGACGAGCGUGAAGGCGACAGAUAGAAACGCGGUCUCCUUUAAAACCUUGUCAAGUAUGCUGAAGGAUGUUUCAGAUCAAUUAUUCUCGCAAUUCUUUCUCAAGGGUUGCGAUGUAAAAGAAGUCGCUAUACUACUCGGACCUACGAUACUAUCACCAAAGCUCUGUAUUGCGAUAGAGUUUCCCUCAUAUAUUCUCAACAGCAAGCAGCAUAAGGAAUAUCAGCACUCUUCAAGAAAACCACUCUUAAAACUCAUGAGGUCUCUGUUGGAGUGUGAUGAGUUUCAAGAAGCCAUGAAUAUACCUUUAAGCAUGACAAACAUGUUCAUCAUGUUAAAGAAAAAUGAUGGCAAUUCAGCAUCGGAUUUUUUCUUGCCUAAACCACAAUAUAUCCUGCCAACGCAGCAAAGCACAAGUUGCUUCAGAAUCAAGCUGGGCCAGAGUGAUCAAGUGAAUAUAGAGUGUAAUUGUGAAUCUCUUGUUGCAGUAUAUCAUGACUCAUUCAAGAUACAGCUGGAAGACGAAGACAAUGUGCAAUAUAGACAAUACAAUAGUUCUAAUCAAUCUUUAUAUCAAUGGUAUCAGUCGAAACAAAUUAUAAAGGGAUUUAAAUUCCAUACAUGACCAUAACUUUAUGAAUAAUAAUUAUAGCAGAAUUUCAAAUUUUUUUAGAGCAUGUUAGGUAAUUUUUCAUUUUAGGAUAUUAUAUAGCUGUUUGUAUCAUAAAUGAUUUGAUUGAAAGUCAACAGUAUUAAACAUAUUUCAAUGAAUUUAUAUAGUUUUGAAUUUUAUAUAGUUAAAAUUUUUUAUACUAUAUAUGCAAUGACAUUGCAAUGACGUGAAUAUGACUCGACAAUACUUUGAGGUCAUGAUAGAAGAAAUUUCCAUUUGCUAUCAGAAAGAACCAAUAUGAUAUUUUUACUCAUAUCAACAAAACAAGAUAAGUCUUAUUGCAUGUAAAGGUUACGUAAUCAAGAAAUUGGACCACAAAAAAUUAUACAUAAUAAUUAAACAUUUUAUUGAUCAAUAUACAU